UAUGCUAAUUUCCAGCUGAUCGAGUUUACUGUAGAUUUUUUACAUUCUUUUUAAAUGAAUUACAUAGACCUACAGUUUAUCUGUAACUGAUCAUUUGAAAUGUAAAAAUUAUUAUUUAUUCAUUUUUUCCAUUGAGCUACUAUAAUGAAAGUAAUCAUGUAUUUUCAUGGUUAUGGCGAUUUGUUUACAGAUAAAGACAUUUAUUAUUUUACUUGGCAUAUUAUAUGUUAGGGUUUUCAUUCUUAUAUUUUAAACGCAUCAUAAAUAUAGUAGUAUUACCUACAAACGAGCGUUGGUUGGCGUCAUUGCGCAUCUUUAAGCUGGCGUUGGCACUUGUUUAUAAACGCGACGCAACUAAAACGCUCCCGGACACCGCAAGUGAACGCGACGCGCUGCUCCAACUGAUUGCACUGAGCCGUUGUCAGAUUGGACAGUCGUUAGUUGUGCCUGCUUUCAUCCGUGUGUAGGUUACCGAGCAUUUUGAGAGUUAAUUUUAGUGCGGAGAUUAACUCCACAGAUAAACCCCGCAUAGAGGAAAAUAUCAUUAGAAAAACACUCAAAGCAUUGACAAGUGGAUGUAAACUCCGUCUGGGAACAUGGAGCACCUGUCGUCGACCACCAACAGGUUCGUGAAUGCGAUGUACAGGCAGCGCGAGCGCGAUCCUGAGUUGUCUAGUUUAGCCAUAGAAGACUGUGAGGACGCUGAACUGGCCUAUACCAUGAGAGACCUGCCUCCUAGAGCCGCUCACACUUUCCCUGGAUGUGAGAAGCCCAUGAUGGACAGGGAGCCGGAUGGCAGCACCCGCCCUCAUACACCAGGGACACCCACUUUCACCCGGCCGAUGAACAGAAGUUUCCUGGGCUCUGAGAUGGAGUUACCCCACCGUGGACAGCUCAGCUCCAUGAGCUCUCUGGAUUCUCCGCUGAGCCCCUCUUGCUCAAAAAGUCCUUGGGGCAGAUUUGACCCCUAUGACUCUGCUGAGGAUCAAGAAAAGGAGUAUGUUGGCUUUGCAACGCUGCCUAACCAAGUGCAUAGGAAAUCUGUGAAAAAGGGGUUCGCCUUUACUCUUAUGGUGGCAGGGGAGUCGGGUUUAGGGAAAUCUACACUAGUCAACAGCCUCUUCCUCACAGACCUUUACAAAGACAGGAAGAUGCUGAAUGCUGAAGAGCGGAUCUCACAGACAGUGGAAAUCACCAAACACACUGUGGCUAUCGAGGAGAAAGGAGUCAAACUGAAACUCACCAUUGUGGAUACACCAGGAUUCGGGGAUGCUGUCAACAACACAGAGAGCUGGAGGACAGUUGUGGACUACAUUGACCAGCAGUUUGAGCAAUACUUUCGUGAUGAAAGCGGCCUCAACCGUAAAAACAUUCAGGACAACCGUGUGCACUGCUGCCUCUACUUCAUCUCACCGUAUGGCCACGGACUCAGACCGAUGGACGUGGAGUUCAUGAAGAUGCUACAUGAGAAGGUCAACAUAGUGCCUGUGCUGGCCAAAGCUGAUAGUCUCACCCCGCUGGAAGUCAGAAAAAUGAAAAUGAAGAUUCGUGAGGAGAUUGAGAGAUUCGAUAUCAACAUCUACCAGUUCCCUGAAUGUGAUUCAGAUGAAGAUGAGGAGUUCAAACUUCAACACCAGGAACUGAAGGACACCAUUCCCUUUGCAGUAAUUGGCAGUAAUGUCCAAGUCGAAAGCCAAGGCAGGCGCUUCAGAGGCCGUCAGUACCCCUGGGGUGUGGUGGAAGUGGAGAACCCUGCUCACUCCGACUUCCUGAAGCUGAGGAACAUGUUGGUGCGCACGCACAUGCAAGACCUGAAGGAUGUGACACGGGAAGCUCAUUACGAGAAUUACCGCGCUCAGUGCAUCCAGAACAUGACCCGCAUGGUGGUCAGGGAAAGGAAACGCAGCCUGUGUAACCGGCUAAGAGACAGCGCCUCAGAUCUUCCUGUGCCUCUGAUGCCUGUGGACAGCGAGACUGAGCGACUUAUUUGGGAGAAAGAUGAAGAGCUGCGCCGAAUGCAGGAAGUUCUGGAAAGGAUUCAGGAACAGAUGCGUCAUGGAUAUUAAGACAGACUAAUCAAUUAACUGAAAUGUUUACGAUGUCAAAUGUGCAGAGAAUAUUAACUAUAUAACUAUAUGAUGUGUACGUCUUGUGAAAGUAGGUGUUUGAAGGAAUGUGUCCUAAAUUAGCCGUCUGAAAAGGUAUGAAUACAUCUACAGAAAUACUUUUAUUAUUUUAGAUUGAAUGUAAACACGACUGCUGUGAUGCAUAAGAAAUAAGACCAAUACAACUUGACUUGUAAAUGUCAUAAGAUUUAUUAUGAAUCGUCAAUGUUUUUGUUUUGUUUUGUUUUUUAGUAAUCUAGCAUAUUUUAAUACGUUUUAUUACUAUUUUAGUUAAACAUGGUGGACAAUUCGAUCUUAAUGCAGCCCAAAAUGUACAGGCGAUAUAUAACUUAAACUUUCUCCAUAGGGAAAAAUGCACAGUUUUCAUAUAUUCAUAUAUAAUAUCAAUGUAGAAUGAGGUCUAACGGUCCCGCCCACAUCAUACAGAAUGAUACAUGGUCCCAAAAAAAAUGAAAAAAGGGGAGGGAUUAACAUUUAAACAAACAAACAAA